CCGAAGGUGAACCAAUCAGAGCAGAGAAAUUUGAAAGAUACAUAUGUUGUGAUUGGCUGCACCAAAGAGAAAGAACCAAUGAUAAACUUGCAUCCAUCGCAAGUGGGAAAUAUAAAAACAUCAACAUACCGUAGAGUGGCGACAUGCAUGAACAAAUGUGAAAAUAACAUGCAACAGGUUAACAAGAAUGAACAAAAAGAACGAGAUUGGAGGUUCAAUUGAGGAAUAUGAUGUAGGACAGCAAAUUGGUAGGGGUGGUUUUGCCACUGUGUAUUGUGCCAGGUGCCGCAACACAGACAGAGAUGUGGCCAUCAAGAAGAUCAACAAGAGUGAGAUCACUGCAGGUGGUCUUAUCAACAGAGUACGCCAGGAAGUUACUAUUCACUCCCGUCUUUGUCACCCAUCGAUACUCAGGCUUUAUACAUUCUUUGAAGAUGAGCAGUUUGUUUAUCUUGUAUUAGAACUUUGUGUUAAAGGAGAACUGCAGAAGCAUUUAAAAGAUUUAAGAAGAGUUCUCACUGAGGAUGAAGCACGGGAGUACUUGGGCCAGAUUGUGGCAGGGAUGCUGUACCUACACUCCCAGUCCAUUAUGCAUCGUGAUCUCACACUUUCAAAUAUCCUUCUUGAUAAUCAUGGACGAAUCAAAAUCGCUGACUUUGGACUUGCUACACAGCUACGACGCCCUGAUGACCGACACACCACAAUGUGUGGCACACCAAAUUACAUCAGCCCAGAAGUAGUAACUCGCAGCCCCCAUGGCCUGGAGGCAGAUGUGUGGGGUUUAGGAUGCAUGUUAUUUAUCAUGCUCACUGGCCGUCCUCCAUUUGAUUCCAAAGGCGUGAAGGAAGUUAUCUUUACCAACGUUGUCAUGGGUGAUUAUAAGAUACCAAGCUAUGUAUCAGCUAAUGCUUGUGCCCUGAUCUCAGAAUGCCUUCAGAAGAACCCAAAGGAAAGGAUUAAGCUUGAAUUAAUCCCACACCAUCCAUUUAUGGCAAUAGGAAAUAAAGCAGAUAUAUCAAGGAUGUCUGAUAGUGGUCUGUAUACAAUGACUACUGUAACUACCCAACAUACCAGAAUUCCACUUACUGCCAUAUCUGAAAGUGAAUUAUCCUGCUCUGGAGGGAGUGGCAACCAAACACGACAGAUGGUAAAGCCACAUAUUGAACCAUGUCUUCGACAUCCUCCAUCUCCGCCUGUUAGGAUGAAAUCCAGUCCAAGAGAUCUCCUUCCUCCAAAUGCUGGGAUCAUUGAUAAUUUGAAAAGAAAAUUUACACCAUUACCAUCGAUGAAAGGUGGAGGGAAUCUUGCCUUUUCUACACCAUCACUACCUCCGUUAAUAAAACGGGAGCGAGAUGUAUCAGAGGAACGGAGGAGGCAACAGCAGUUGAGUGAUCAAAGAUGUGGUUCCUCUAGUUCCUGUGAUGAACAGUCUAGCUCCUCACAGUAUGCUCCUUCACAAGUUAAGGAGGUAUCACAUCACAUACCUAGGGAAAGGAAAGACAGGGUCAGAAGCAGUUCCAGGAGUAGUAGCAGUGAGCUUCAUAGAGCAGAACAUGAUUGUGUGGGUGGAAUUCAUAAUCCUUCCAAAAGAGAGAGAUCUAUAGAUAGAAAAAAUAGUUUCAGAGAUAAAUCUGAUAUUUCUCAUGGACAUAGCACUGACAGAAACAAAAACUCAUCAUAUGACCAGUAUUUGGGUCACCAAGGUCAGGUUUCAAGAGCUACACCAAGGAAAACAGAAUGUGAUUUCCGAAGUAGAUCUUUGGAAAGGAAAUUUUUUUCAGAUAAUCUUGAAAAGAAAGGUCUGGAAAAUGAAAGACUUACUGGAAAGCAAAUGAAAUAUGUAGAGAAUUAUCAAACGGGUAGUUCAAAAUAUGAACAUAUUUCCGGGUCUAGAGAGAGAUGUGAAAGUGGUGAACAUUUACAUAGUAAUACAUCAAAAGAUAGAACACGCCAACAGCAUAGGAGUAGGUCACUGGAAAAACACAGAGAUGAUUCGAAAGAAAAUUGUAGAAACAGGUUGAAAGAACCUGAAGAACACAGUUCAAGAAAUAAAGCUAGAGAACAUUACAGGGACAAAACUCACUCAUGCUGUCAGAGCUCACAUCACAAAUCUUGGUGUGAGCGGAGACAUAGGACUUUAGAGCAGGUAGAUUCAGUUUUCACACGUGGUAGAUAUACAGAAAAUGAAAGACAGAGUAAUUCUAAUCUGGAUAUUUGUUCUAGUCACAGUCGGAAUUUGUGUAAUAAUGAUUGUAAAGCAAGUGCUAAAUCGUUCAGUAGAGGCCAGUCUGCCUGUGCUUCAAAAAAUGAACAGAAUAAUAUUUUAAAUGACAUUUCUAAAGUUGUACACAUGUCACCAGUUGAUUGUGUGAAUGUAAAUCAAAAACAGUUACAAGCUUCAGCAAAUCCUCGUCAGCAACCGGUAACAUCAAAAACACUGGGUGUAAUGAGUAAUCAAACUUUGAAACAACAAGUUUCACCACUUUCCUCGGUAAGAUUAAAAAAAGUAAGAUGUAAAAGUAACACAUACUUCUUAAACAUCCUGGACAAUGGGGAAGUGUGCCUGGAACAUCUAUGCACCAAACGCAACCAAGAGAUGGUGGAUGUUGUAUGCAGAAUUUCUUCCGAUGGAUUAAGGAUAAUUAUUUACCAACCAAAUGGUGGUUCAGGGUCACUACCUGGAGACGCUCCUCUACCACUGCCAGAUGAAGGAACACCUUUAAUAUUUUCCUAUGAAAAUAUUCCUCCAAAGUACUGGAAUAAAUAUAAAACUGCAGCCAGGUUUGUGAACUUAGUGAAAUCUAAAACUAUGAAGAUUACACAUUACACGAAUCAAGCCAAGUUUUUACUGAUGGAAAAUUCUCCUGACCCUGAUUUUGUAGCUAUGUUUUACCAUGGAACCAAAGUGACAAAAACUGGAAACACUGUGGUGCUCAGAGAGUCAACUGGUGCAUCACACACAGUACCUCAGUCUACUGGUUGUGCAGUGCUGCCAGAUUCUCUUCAACCAUUCUAUCGACAUUUUAAACAAAUACAUGACCAUUGCCUGUACCUGGAGCGUGUUCUUUCUGAAGUAACAGCAAAGACGGGCAUCGAUUGCUUCCCUGUAAUUUUGGGUAGCAAACCAGCAUCCAUCCCAGCAUCACCGCCAGAGUCUGCUCGCAGCAAACCUCAUUUCACAUCUCAGAAAGAAAAUAUUUCCCCUAAAUCCAUACAUUCCUAUAGAGCUAAAAAUAGUACAUCACAGCUUGGUUCAUAUGAAGGUUCAACUGGAAGUGUUCAAAUAAUGGAAAAUCCUACUCGCCAUGUCAGGACACCUCUUACCCCCCACACCUUCAGCAAUAUUCAAGUGAGACCAGAGUCAAUUAUCAAGCAUCCUCUGCCUCGUGUUUAUGUGCAAAAUAUUGGCUGGGCAUCACAGGGAAGCAAUGGAGAGGUUUCUGUUGAGUAUCUGGAUGGAGCACGAGUUCAAGUAAGCAGUAACUCCCCUAAAGUGAUAUUCACUGAAGCAUCUGGUGUGACUACGUCCUAUUCUGCCAAUGACAAACUGCCUCUUGUGUUACAAAAUAAGUUAUCACAAAUGCAGACUGUGUUAAGCUCAUUGUCUCAGUCUCCAUCACCAAAUAUAACCCCCAUGUCUUCAAACACAGUUGGUCUCCACUAAUAUUAACUCCACCUGUUACUGUUGUAAUUGGAUGCAAUAUAAAAAAGCAAAAUUUUUAAGAAGAGAAUUUAAUAGGCAAAUGAAGUUUUUUUUUUUAUGAAUUUGCCCAUGACUUCAAGUAUAUUUUACUUGAAUACCAAAGAAUCUUACUGGAAAUCUAUCUUGCCAGACCUUAAAAUAUUGCUCAAAUUGUAAGUGCAUGCUCUUAAGUGUGCAGAAUCUUUUUGGGGGGAUUUGCUUUUGUUUUUAACUCUAAGAUAUUUGGGAUCUAACAAUAAAAGAACUUCUGAUAAUGAUAUCAUUUCUGUACUCUUAUAAUAGAAAACUAUUGAUCAUUUGCAGUUAAUUAUUUAUAAAAUCUUUAAAAGAGGUAGUUGAACUUACAGAAAUUGAACAAUGUGUGUAGUGGCAGAGCAUCUGAUUAGGUAAGUUAUUGCAGGCAAAAUAUAUAUAAUCAAUAAAAAAAAUUGUCUUCCAGAUAAUGAAAUUUUGUCUUCCAAACUAAAAUCAUAUAAAAACUUAAAUCUAGAAAAUAAAGGCUGUCUUCCAUGUACAACCACUGUCUUCCUUACAAUAUAAGGAGGAAAUACAUUUGUAUUGUGUAGUGUACAGUCUACAUUUACAAAGAAAUCCUCUUUGAAUACUUGGGGGGGUUGUUUUCUGGUGAUUCACUUAUAUUCAUUUAGUAAUAGUUAAUAAUUUUGAUUUUAAAAGUUUGGUAGAGACAAAACAGCUGAAAAUAAUAUGGUAUUUACUGCAUACUUGUAUAUCAAUUGGUUUAUAUUAAUCUAUACCUAUGUACAGUAAUAGAAAGUAUAUGUUGUUAAAUAUUUCUCUAUAACAAAGAUAAAACUAAAGUCAGCUGUAUACAGUAUAUGUAAAGUACCUGUAAUUCAUGGUAGGUUUUAAAAUUUUUACUGUUAGUGAUUAGGAUUAUUAAUUCAAAUUAUGUGUUCCCUGGGAGUCUUCCAUCUUUUUAUGUGGAAUUAAAUAGUUUAUGGCAUUAACUAUUUAUUAGUGCCAGUGACUGAUCAUCUCUAGUAGUCCCAGAAUCUCUUGUAGAAAACUUUUUGUCCAGGUUUACUAAAUCAGAUUGUGGUACAGUACUGUAUUAUCACUGAAUCUAAUAAAAUGUGUAUACUAAUA